AGGUUUCGGUUUCGUCACAUUUCAAAGUGAAGACAUAGUAGAUAAAGUGUGCGAAAUACAUUUUCACGAAAUCAACAACAAAAUGGUGGAAUGCAAAAAAGCACAGCCUAAAGAAGUCAUGUUACCAGCGAACUUGGCGAAGACGAGAGCCGCCGGACGCGGCGCGUACGAUUUCAUGUGGUCAUUGGGUGCUCUUCCUGACGGUUUUCCCGCAGCGUACGCCGCCUACGCGGCAGGACGUAGCUAUUCGGGCUAUCCUAGCUUCGGGCUGCCCUACCCAGCAGUUGACCUGACCAACGGCCAACUCACACCGAACAACAACACACCGCUGCUCGCGCAGGCACUCUCAGACUUCUACGUGUCCCCAGUGAUGAACAACUACCAAGCAGCAGCGGCCGGAUUCGGGCCCCCGGCGUCGCCGCACGCUGCGGGCGGCCGGGCUGGGUUCCCCGCGGCGAGCUCGCCGGGCCCAGCGCUGGAUGUGUACGGCUCGGCGGCGGACAGCGUGGGAUACGUGCAAGCGGCCAGCCCUCAACCAUCCGGAUUCCCCGCGAUCGCAGUAAGCCGCGCGCCCCUCAAUUACACCCCAGGACCCCUGAUUCCUGCGGCUUUUACCAACGGUUAUCAUUGAAAGUGUUAUAGCACAAAUAUUUUACGUGGCGAGCGGUGUGGCGGCGCCUAACGUCCUCUGAGCGCAGCCGGCCGCCGCAAGACCCCUCUCCAGCCCGCUACCAGCCGCGCCGGCGCCGUCCGGCACCGCAUACUACCUGCGCUCGCGCUACACGGCGACCGGCGCCGCGUGGCCGCCCGCAACCGUCCCAUCUCGCACGGACCGCGGCGUCUCGAUCGCACCAACCCUAUCCGCUCGACCCUACCCUACGUCCCCACAUACCCCCACCUCGUCUAUUGUAAAUAACUAUAAUCUACUUUUUGUCGUGUGAACGAGAGAUAGUAUAUCGAUAUUGAACAGGUAUUUUUUCAAAUUUUCUCGCUUUCGUCUGUACCGUAGAUGUGUUGUCAGAGUAAUAAACGAUUUAAACUACAAAAAUAUAAUAAUAAUAAUACAUUUCAUUAUCAUAAUUAUAAUAAAGUGCAUCUAGACGAUUGUAUUGCAGGGAAGUACAUAAUAAUUAUUAUCUUAAAUAUUUUAUUAUUCGUAGUUAAAUUACAGUUUAAGGUAUAUAAAAAUACGUGUCCUCGACGCGCACGGGCCGUUUCGUUACUCUACGUAGAUGUCGAAUUUCCUUUGUAUUGAUUGGUACCCCACCGAGAUCGUUUCGCAUACAGUAAUAUAAUGGUAACCGCAAGCUUUGGUAUGGUAGUUGAGAGUGGUUAAUGCGAGCGUCCACGAGCGGUGGUCACAGUACCCAGGUCGGCCGGUAGCGGCAUGCGGUGUGGCGGCCGCGGCGCACGCGCGGGUAAUGUCCACGUGCCGGCAGCGCCGCGCCCGCGCACCACCCGCGCCGCGCCCGCGACUGGAGACCGGAGACAAUAACGGUGCGCGACUCGAGCGUCCGCGCGCCUCCUCGCUCGUCCACGACACACACAUAUUUAAUUCUAUCUAUUUUUAAUAUUAAUGUCAAAUAUUAACAUAAUUAUACUAUUAUAUAUUACGCAUAUUUUACCUAUGAAUGUAAUUAUUUUCGCCUAAUUCGAAUUGUAUAAAAUCACCUCUUUGGACGGCUGUUCUGUUUCAGUAGCGAACGAGUUUCUCGAUUACUUCCGUAUAAGACUAUGUUAGUUACGAGUAUACAUAACUUCUAAUAUUAUGUAUUAUGAUAUAAAAUUUUAUCCUAAGGAUAAUGAAUGAUCAUAUUUACGAUUCAUAAGGCCGUUUUGAGAAGCUAAGUCGGAACAUUUCAGAUAUCUCUCAUCGCGUUAAGAUAAUAAUUCGUUUCUAUCUUGUACCUUUAAACGUAGGUAUUGUAAUUAUAAUAAAUAACAAUUUUGUGCAUUUCGUAAUAAUAUUUCAUUGUUUCUUACGAUUGUAUUUACCGUAAUUUAAGACUACUGCUGAGAAAAAUUACGAUACUCCUCUUAAAAUGCGGAGUCACACCGUACUUAGUUGUAUUAAAAGUUUUAAUCAAAAUAAUGAUUCUUACAGUAAAAAUCGUGCAGACGGUACUAGUUACACGACAUUAAUUCUUCAAUAAAUAAAGACAGGGAUAAAUAAAAAAAAUGCAGCCAAAGGCGCAGGUUUGAGGUAAUAGAAUAAAAUAUGAAGUCAAUUCAGUAAUCAUAUUCGUUAGGUACUGGUGACAUUUUAUCGACCACUUUAUCUAGUUUGCAGCAGUUAGAGAGGGACGUGGGGCGUGCGUAGCACUCACUGCGUAGCACCAACACGCUACGUCGUAGGGUCGCUACGAACGGUACUACGCUGCGUCUGCGCACGCGCCACUGUCGCUCACUACACACCAUGCACUCGGUUGCAUCCAUUCGUUAUUUACUAUUAUUAUUACUCAUUACCUACAUCAAUUAAACAUUAAUAAUUAUAAAUCUAGGUAUAAAAUUAUAGGUAAUAAUAAUAAACAAUCUUUUAAAUGCUAUUAUUAUAUAAAUACGUUAUAAAUAUAAAUGUUUCCUGUUACAAAAAAAAAUAUUGAAAAUGAUACGAAAUAAAUCAAUAUUCUUUUUAAAGGUAAUUUAUUACUUAUGAGUAUGUAGUUAAUUGAAUAAUGGAGUGUUAGUCGGAGUGCGUCCGCCGGCGGGCGGCGCUCUCGCUUCGCGUUUUUGUUCGUUCGUGCCGAGUUCGUUCGCUGAGAUGACGUCACGUGCGGCAGGCAACUCGAGCGCCGCGCGCGCACACCGCAGAGACGCGACCGCGAUUAUGUUGUUAAAACGUUAGCUAGGAAAUUGAUAAUGAAAUCGAAGGUGUGAAGUCUAUAGGACGGUCGGAGUGACGAUAUCAUACCUAACAAAUUAACGUAAUUAUUUGUUUUAUAUUUACGGUGUUAUAGGUAUUGUAAGACAUUUUUUCUUAGAAUAUUUAAUUAUUACGAUGAGAUGUUAUAAUUGUUAGGCCCGGGCCGGCGGCGGGAGGGGGCCCGCGCUCCGCCGCCGUCGCCCGUCUCAUUCACCUUCACAUCCUCACUAUAAUUAUAUUUUCUUACCGAUCUUUUUAAUGUAGGAGAAGCGCACACGGCCGCUUGUCCCCGUGCGAAUACGAGUACAAACAUACUAACAAACAUAAGUGAGAGUUGUUCGUUUCGCCGCGUUCGUGAGAAGCCAUCGGUUCGCCGCGUCUGCACCGAGACGAUUCAAUCACGAUAUUGUAAAUACAUAGUUAGCCGCAUGUGUAAAAAGAAAUGUUAGGUGAGCGCCUCACUGCCGUAUGCGCGACCGAUGCACCGUCCGUCUGCCGUCAAUUACGCUGACGUAACACCGACCUACAGCGACAUAAUAAUUGUAUACGCUUGCUUUUUUAAAGACCCUGGUACCUGAUAACCGUAACACCAAAGAGUUUUUUACAUAAGCUACCGUAUAGUUUCGGAGGACCUUCGAAAUUUUCCGCUGAGAAAAAUCACUAUUUUUGUUCCUCACUUGUAUUAAAAAUUCUCGGGAAAUUUCGAAAUACACCUCCUUUAGUACACAGUGUUCAAUGAGGAGAUUGGCGCGACCGCCACCUAGGUCAGUUAAAAAGGCAGUGUGUAAUCGGUCAUAGUUUGGCGCUGCUUAGAAACCAUCUGAUCGAUAUUAGAUUCAUUCGAGCUGCAAUAAGGAUUAGCUUGACGAAUAUUAGUUUCAUUGUUGUUGUUAUGGUUUGUUGAUAAAACGAUUUUGUGAGGUUGUUUUUAGUAUCACCCUUUUUAGGACUUUUAUUCAUGGACUAUAAAAGGGAGGUUUUCAAAAUUUUAUCAGUGUAUAAGGUACUUUUAAGAUUUUGCAUUUAAAAUAGUUAUGGCCGUUAAAAGUCAUUGUUGAUUCGAUUCUUGACUCGUUGAUAUUAAUUUAACUGUAAGGCAUUGUGGAAUGUGACCGUUUUUGUAGUCCGUGACGUAAAAGUGACUCCACUCGGUGCGGCAACGCAGUCAGCAAGUGGCGUCUGCGACUUCAGUGCAGUAGUAGCCACUUGCUGACAUUGACUGCCGCGCCAUCCUCUCUCGCUUUUUCGUAUACGCAUUAGUUUAUUUCAGUCACCAUUUUAGAAAUGUGUUCUAUAUCAGAAUAAAGACUAUGUAAUGAUAAGCGAGAUCUCAAAUUUAUUUUAAAAAAAAUUCGUUAAUUGUGAUCCUAAUAUUGCGACUUAUCGUAUAUAUUAUAUGUAUGUAAUAAAAAAAUUAAAAAGAUAAUUUAUUAUAUUUUGUAUAAUGACAUUCUACGUUAUCUUACACUCGAUCUACUUUAUAUUGUUAUUAAAGAUAAUAAUUAAUUUUAAUCUAAUAACGUGACAGACUGGUAAAGUUCGUAGAGUCGCUGUGGCGGCCAUAGAUCAGUAGCUUUGCAUAUUCGGCGAUGGCCAACUUAAUGUUUCAAGGACCAAAGGUAUACUUAUUCGCGUAGAACCGGACGCGCAUUGGCUCCGCACGAACCGACCCCAGCCGAUCGGUUGUUACAUUGCAGCAUCAGAGCGUGUCUAUGAGUAUAGCAAUGAGAAUUCACAAACGGGCAUGGCGGUCGCAGCUUCGUCGGUCUCUGACCCGUGACUUCGUGGGUUUUGAACCCGAAGCCUAAGGUUUGGACCUCAGGCCUCGCGGGACCGGGAGCUUCGGCCAGUGGCGGUGAGAGCUUCGAUGGAUGGAAGUGAUGGGUCGUUGACCUCGCCGGCCACUGGCGCCCGCGCACCCGGCCCCGCCCCGCCCCGCACCCGCCUCCCACACCCGCACCCGCUCCCGCUCCCACCCCUCCCCCACACUCCCGCGCAACGCCGCCCGCUUGCUUUCGUUCUCGCGGUUACUUCUCGAUUGCGUGCUUCGCGUGCUGACUGAUUUUCUAUAGCAAUAAAAAUCAAUUACCUAAGAUUUUACAUUAAAUAAAUUUGGAUUUAUAUACGUUCGAAUUUGGUGUCAUGUACAUUUAAAAAUAUUAGAGAAUGGAGAUAACGAUAGGCGAACGAUCCCGCGACGCGUGGUCGCGGCGUCGGCGCAUUAUUUUCGUCAUUUCUUCGUGUAUAAUAUGUUACAUGAAUCUGUAUACAAUAUGGAUAUAAAUCGUAAUGAUGAAUAAAAUUAGUUUUUACGACAUCUCUUUAUUAAAAUAAUGAUAAUAUCAAAACGUUUUGUAAAAAGCGGUGGGUAUGUCCGCCGCCCCGAUACGUGCACCCGUGCACUUUCUUAUUGAAAUAUUACAUUAUAUAACGUACAUAAUACUAUGAGAUAUAUAAUCAUACAGCCUCUCGGGGCGCGCGUGUAUGGCGAUGUAUGUAUACACAUUGUGCAAUGUACAUAUACCUAUUAUAAUACAAUGAUUUAAGACAAGGUUCACAUCGUGCCGUGUGUAUGUGGUAAUAAAUAUAAUAUGGACAUUGUUCAAACAAUAAA